AUGCGAAAGCGUGCCCUAAAUGAUUUAGUACCAUUACAACAAAUCGUUGAACAAGAAAUGAGAAAAGCAUUGUUAACAGCAGAUGCUCUUGCAUUAUUGCCCAGUAUGCCAGAUAUUGGUCAUUCAUUAAUGCAGUUUCGUCAUAAAUUGACUCCCAUUCUUCUGGAUUCAUUAUCAUUUGUUAUUUCAUUUGAAUAUACAAGAGGUUAUUAUAAUAAUCAACGAUUAUUACUUCAUGAUAGUAAUGAUCCUCUAUUUCGAAAUAAUCAAUCACAAGCAGUAAAACCACGUGGAAGAGAUGCCUUUUUCCACUUCUGCCAAGCAGCUUAUAGGAAGGUGCAAUCACUUGGCUUAUCAUUGACAUAUCUGGACAAUGUUAUAAUACGUAGUACUAUUCGACAAAUGAUGGCAUUCGCAUUGGUUCAGAAAGAAUUAGUUUCAUCGUUGUUUUCUGAUAUUGGUCAAGAUUUAACUGAUCCUGACCGCAUUGAACUACCCGAUUUAUUCAAAUAUUUUGAUGAAUAUUGGAUGAAACAAAUACCAAUAUGGAAUGUUUUUAAUUUGUGUGAAACAACAAACAAUGCAUGUGAAGGUAUGUAA